AUGGCUUCUCUUCAUUGUCUAAACCAUGGAGAUAUCUUGUUCGACAUCCAUGCAAAGUUGCACUUUAAUCAUCUCAAUGCUCAUGAUUCUGGUAAGUCGGGUUUCGUAUUUGAUACAACAUGGGUUGAUAAACAAUUUUCUUACGCUCGGCAUGAUGAAUAUUCGAACAGUUUUACUAGAAAAACAAAGAUCAAUUUAAGACCUCCAGUUGAGGAUUGUUACAUUCUUGGUUCCAGUAAUGCUUUAAUCUGUUUGAAUGCAAGAGAUACUCAUGGACCUGCUUAUAUCUGUAACCCAAUCACACGAGAAUAUAUCAUGCUUCCACUAUCUCAAGGGAAAGAAAUAUUAACCGAAUUUGGUUACAGUCCUUCAACCAAUGAAUACAAGGUUGUUAGAAUCUAUAAAGGAAUUGGUGAGGUAUUCACUCUUGGCAGCGGCAUUGGAUGUCGAAACGUGGGGAAAGUGAAUGAUGUGCCCGUUUGGUUCGAGAACCGUGGUGCGCUUGUGGAUGGAGUUAUUCAUUGGAUGGACAAGAAAGGAACAAUUUUCUCCUUUGAUUUGGCUGAUGAAAAGUUUCACGAACUUCCAUCACUACCUUCACGAGCUGGUUGGAUUCCUUGUAUCAUUAUUAGUCUACAUGUUUUAGGCGAUUUUUUGUGUGCAUUUUAUUACUCUGGAAAAAGUUGGGAGAUAUGGUCUCGGAAGAAGAACAAAAAUCAUCAACAUGUGUUUUGGAGUGAAGUGUUUAGUUAUGUUAAUGAUACAAAUAUCCAACUGAUCAUAUUUAAAAAGAGUGGUGGGCUUCUAUGGUACGAUAAAAAUGUCUAUCGUCAUGCUCGAGAAGCUUCAUCUCCCAGAAUGCUUGUGACUUCUGGUGAGAAUGUUACAUUUUUUGGAUUCCCUCACAAGAACACUUUUGUGUCUUUGAAAGAUGUAGUUGAAGAAAAUACGAAAUUGGUGGAUUUAGGGGAAAGAGUAAAAUCUAACAGGCAGACCGAAAGCAUUGAUCGUUGA